CGACGCUGUUCCCUGCCUUGCUGUGGAUCACUCACGCCGACGAGAAGAAACCCGCCUCCCUUCGCCGCGACGGUGCUUGCAGCAGCAGCUGAUAACCCGAGUCCCCGAGCCCGGCACCGGAGGGCGAGAUGAACGCGCUGGCCUCCCGAGCCGUCCAGAUCUGCGAUCGCUGGUGGCAACCCGAGCCGGCGCUCUUGCCCCCCGGGUGACGCGCAGCCCCUAGUCGACAGAUGGCACCAGGCCAAGUGCCCCAUCAGCCUGCCCCCUGGAGGGAUAGCUAUCCCUUUUACCUCCUGUCCCCGCUGAUGGGCCUUCUCAGCAGGGCCUGGAGCCACCUGAGCGGCCCAGGACCUCCAGACCCCUGGCUGUUGGAAGCAGUAACCGGAACUGAUCAGGGAGAAGCUGGCCUGGGGGGAGAAGCUAAGACAUUUCCGGCCACUUGGCAUGCCCCCUGGGGCAGGCACUUUCAAGGGGGGAUCGGAGACGGUGGAGCAGCUGAGGAGGAUGAAGUGUUCUGGGAGGCCUGCCAUGACCUAAAAGCCAGCAGUUCUCCUCUUGAAGCCUGGGAGCUUUCAGGGGAUGAUGAAGAGUAUGGUGGGGAACAAGCAACCAGUGUCCCUAAAGAGCAGGGAAGUGAAUUUAUAGAUGGCCAGCCUGCUUCCUUGUCCCCCAGCCUUCUGAUAAGAGCCCUGCAAGAACCUCCUGGAGAGGAGAAAUCUGAGGAAGGAGGAGCUGCUGAAGAUGAAGUGGUCACGUUCUUCUCUUUUCCUCCAUCACGCUCACCAGGGGAGGAGGAGGAGGAGGCGGAGGAGGAGGCGGGAGAAGCUAUAAACAGAGAAGCUGCCAGAAGCCCUACUGCCCCUUUAUCUCCAGGAUCCAAGCCCAAAGCUUGGGUGUACUGUGCUGGGGAGGAAGAGGAUCAAGCCACAGAGGAAAAAAGAACAGAGAAUAAAGAAGUCAUAAAGAACUCCGUUUCCCCCUCAUUUUCAGACUUUCACCCCAGGGCCUGGGAGUGUUGCUCAGGAGAGGAAUCUGAGGAGGAGGAAGAUGAAUUCAGUGAUUGGGGAGCAGCUGAGGAGGAGGGAGAAGCUGAGGCCACAGAUACCUUUUUAAGGGCCUGGGUGUAUAGGCCAGGAGAGGACACAGAGCCGGAAGAGGAUUCAGAAGCAGCUAACUCUGAGCCAAGUCCCUCCCUUCAGGCUCAGAGCACCCUCCACCGGGGCUGGACAUAUCGGCCUGGAGAGGACACAGAGGGAGGGGAAGUUGCUGAGGCGUGGGGAGAAGCUGAGCCCUGCCCCUUCCGAGUGGCCAUCUAUUUACCUGGGGAGAAGCCACCACCUCCCUGGGUUCGUCCUCGGCUGCCCCUCCGACUGCAGAGGCGACUCAAGCCCACAGAAACCCCCACCCGGCAUCCAGACCCCGAGACUCCCCUAAAGGCCAGAAAGGUACACUUCUCUGAGAAGGUCUCUGUCCAUCUCCUGGCUGUCUGGGCAGGACCGGCCCAGGCCGCCCGCCGGGGACCCUGGGAGCAGCUGGCCCGGGAUCGCAGUCGCUUUGCCCGGCGGAUUGCCCAGGCCCAGGAGCAGCUGGGCGCCUGUCUCACCCCUGCCGCCCGGGCUAGGGCCUGGGCCCGCUGUGGGAACCCUCCCCCUCCUCUGGCCGCCACAGCUGCUCCUCCCCAGAUCUCACCAUUGUCCUCCAUCUAGGCCACACCCUUGAGCCAUGUUGGGGCAUCUCCCUCCACUCUUGUGUCCCCGUCUCUUGCCUGGACCUCAGUGGGAGGCGUGGCUAAGAUCAUGGAGUUUCCUGUUUCUGUUAGCUAUUUAUUUUGAGGGGGUUGUUAUAUAUAAGAAAUAAAACCUGCUGAUUUGUAGCAAGCCA